AUGCCUUACAACACAACUGCCAUCCCUCCCAAAAAAGAGCCCACUGGGCAAACUCAGCUGCCUCUAUCAAGAGUGAAAAAAAUCAUUUCACAAGACUCCGAUAUUAACAUGUGCUCCAACAAUGCCGCUUUCAUUAUCACCUGCGCUGCUGCAAGUUCUUCCCCAUGUCCAUCUCACUCCCUAGGGGAUUCACAUCGCUGA